AUGUCCAACCAGCAAUCGCAAUCCACCAUCUCCGCCGAAGAGGCCCACAAACGCCUCUUCGAAGAUGGUCUCAAGAUCCGCUACGAGGUAGCCGGCAAAGCCUACGUCGACAAGUCUCUCGCAAACGCCUCAUCAUUCUCCCAGCCAAUGCAAGAUCUCGUCACCGAAGCUGGUUGGGGCAUGGUCUGGUCUCGCCCUGGGCUUGAGCGGAAGCAGCGAUCGCUGCUCAACAUCGGCAUGUUGUGCGCCUUGAAUCGAGGACCCGAGCUUGCUGUUCAUGUCCGUGGGGCUGUUAAUAACGGUGCUACUGAGCUUGAGAUUCGAGAGACUUUACUCCAAGUUGCUGUUUAUGUUGGCAUGCCCGCGGGCUUGGAGGGUUUCCGGAUAGCGGAGAAAGUCUUGCGCGAUAUGGAAGAGGAGCAGAAACAGAAAUAG